GAUGUUUAUGUCAAAUAGCAUAUUAAAAUUUUGCACUUAGAGCUACGGUAAGCAAAUAUCCAUAAUGUCCUAUAAAAUGACUUUUCAACUUAUACGUUAAAAGCUUAGGUAAUUUGUAUUCGAUGUCGAUGCCAGCCGACGUUUAUUACAACCUCACAGUGGAAUCAUUAGAUGUUUGCGAACGGUGCAUGCGACACUAAAGUGGUUACAGCCUACCUCACUUUCAUUAUGAACAAUUAACAUCUAAAUCUGCUGAUUCAUUUGAAUAUAGGGCAAUACUCCGGCAAAUUAUGCGAAUCGGGGCGAGUGGGCGGCGGCGGGACGCGGCACGACGGCGUGCGCUCGGAGGCGGGAGCGACCGCGGAGGAUCCCACUUCACGUCAAGUUGGCACCGUAGCGGACGCCUCACGCGACCCGGCGCCGCUCCUACACGCACCGCGCGGGAAAAUACGCGUACAGUAUCUACUACACACUCUGAAAAACAGUGAAAACUGAUACCCAAACCUGGAUCCCAUCCCACCCCCUUGGAUUUCUAUACGUUCAGUGUUUGUGAUAAUUCGAACAUACAACGUUUAAAGGAUGUGUGUUGGGGACACUAUAGUGUUAUUGAGUGAAAGUAUUUUGCAGUCGUAUAAUAAAAUGCUAGUUCAAUAAUGAGGGAAUUUAAAGCUGGUAAUAUGAAGAGGAGAAAUCAUAGUCAGACGUCGGAAAAGCCGAAAGGAAAACGAAGGCGUUUCCGAGAAAAUGCUGAAAGAUUGGCGAGGGUAGCACGGGAGGAGUCCAGGUCGGAACUAGCGCAAGAACCGCCUCCAACGAAAUACUUCCUGGGUAGCUGUAGCCUGCACUCGUGCGGUAAAGAGGCCGCAUGCAUGCCGUACAACAGUACCAUGCACUUCUGCCGAUGCACGUCGACCGGCCAGCCAGUGACCGAAGACUUCAAAUGCCCCAGAAGCACAGUUCCCGUGACUCUGAAACCCAUUUACAACGUGAUCCCGCCGAGAACAUCGAACGUCUCCGCCGACGGCAGAUACGCGCCAUCACCGCCCACCGCACAAGUAUCCAGUGGAGAGAUCAUAGCGGAAUCUACAACUGGAAACGGUUCCUUGUUACAGUCCGGCAUGAGCCCCAGCGUGGGCACCCUCAUAGCUGUCUCAAUAUCUGGUGCUGCAGUGCUCAUACUAUUGGUCUCAGUCAUCUUCCUAUACCUCAAAAAAAGGAUUUGCCAUGUGGAUGGGAAAACGCAACCUCGUGUGCGACCAGGAGAGCCUCUGCUUGCUGAACGGUAUAUAACGAACCCUCAGUAUGGUGUCUACGGAGCUGGCAGCGCGCCGGUGCCCGGCACGCCUGGCGACAUGGACGCCGACGACACCAACAAGUCACAAGUUCAGCUUCUUGACAGAAACGCUCUUACAUUCCUCGAAGAAGUCGGAGAAGGAUGCUUUGGAAAAGUUCAUAAAGGACUACUUAAGACCACAACAGACGAACAAGUAGUAGCAAUAAAGGUGCUGAAAGAAAGUGCUGGUCGCAACGCUGAAGAAGACUUCGUACGGGAAGUGUCGAUAAUGUCUGCAUUCCGACAUCCCAAUAUUCUUGCUCUUGUUGGCGUCGUGUACAGAGAUGACAUCAGCGCCAGUCCUUGGAUGGUAUUUGAAUAUAUGGAAUGGGGAGACUUGGCCGGAGUUUUACGAGGCUCCCGUGGCGGAGGCAGACCAGGGCCUCUGUUGGACGAGCCUGCUUUAUUACACGUAGCUUUGCAAAUAGCCCGUGGGAUGCAAUAUCUGGCCUCCCGAAGAUUUGUUCAUCGAGACCUUGCAGCAAGAAAUUGUCUGGUUGGCGCUAACCUCACUGUAAAGAUAGCAGACUUUGGAAUGUCCCGUGAUGUUUACACAUGUGAUUAUUACAAAAUGGGCGGCGAGCGGCCAAUGCCCGUCCGGUGGAUGUCUCCAGAAAGUAUUGUGUACGCUAGAUUUACACACGAAUCAGACGUUUGGUCCUACGGUGUAGUUUUAUGGGAAAUCUAUAGUAGAGGCAAACAACCCUUUUACGGACAGAAUAACGAUGGUGCCACAAAGCUUAUUUUACGAGGCAUUGUACUGGUACCUCCCGAAGACUGCCCACGUUUUGCCGGGGACUUGAUGCGUGCCUGCUGGAAGGCUGAUCCUCGCGACAGAAUAGGGUUUGAUGAAAUUUGUAGAAAAUUAGAGGAUGCAGCAGCAGGAGGUGGUACAGUCAUGCAAAUGAGGCUACCGCGACCUCCACCACCACCACAGGACUCAACAGGGUAUUUGAUUCCGAAAGAACAGCUGCCCGUUGACUACCUUAAAUUGACUUUACCGUCGCCUGAAGACAGUGCUGAUAUGGAAGCGGCAUUUGACUCUAGUGAUGAGGAAGAGGACGAUGAGGAGUACACCUGACAGCCCGCGCUGGUGCCGGCCUCGCAAUACGUGCCGCGCUCCUCGCCCUCGGCCACCGCCGCCGCCAUGGCUCUCACCUGCACAUUCCGAUCUCAAGGCAGCGUCUUCUCUCAAUUUCAGUGUUAACUAAUGCAGACGUUCAGCAGCAACUUCAAACAGGAAUGUAAUUUCGACAUAAUAGAGUCAAUACUCAACUCAACAAUUACCUACCUAAGUGUGAUAUUUUUUUCAUAAUAAUUCAUAAGUAAAUUUUUACAUGGACAAUUCUUGUUAUAGGUAGAUAUGUCAAUGUAUUUGAUAUUUAAAAAAGUGUGUUGUGUAUUUAAUAAAUACCUUAGUGUAUAAUUACGUAAUCUAUGUGCCAUAUGCCAAAAAUAAAAGUACCUAAAAUAUAAGACGAUAGAUCAAUUUACAAGUACAAUAUUAUGUAUUGAAACAAGCCAUUGUGGACUUACACCUACAUACCUAAAUGUACAUGGUUUAAGAGUAAGUAUGACUGAACUUUGUAUUUGUCGAUAAGAUGUAUGUUUAUAGUAUAAAACGAUACAAUCAAUGACGUAGUAAUAUAGAUAGACAUUUUAUCCUAGUCUUAGGCUACGUUUCUAAAGUUGUUACGGACAUCUGAUGCAGAGCUUCUAGGGAUCACGCUCAACUAAGUUGCAAUAAAUCUCAUAAUCGUAUUAAUUGCAAUGUACGCCUAAUAGCCUUGGCCUUUGUUCAACCACUCAUUCUACCGUAUUUUCUGUUGUGUAAAUUUUCCCAUAAGAGAAAGACACGUAGCAAAAAAUGCAUAUAUUACAUUUAAAAUACAUCAUCAUCAUCUCUGUCUACUUCUGGUAAAAGGCCUCCUAAAAUAUGUACCUCGACAUAUUAAUGUACUCUAAUGCAUUUCUCUAUAAUACUAAUUUAAUGUUCAAUAAUAUGGACAAUGAAAUCGGGUAUUCCCAUUAAAUGCAAAAAAGUGUACCUAUAGCUACGCCAUGGCACACGAAGUGUCACAGUGAUUCGCAAAAGCAAGGCGUAAUCUGGUUACAGACAAAACUUGAAAAUACGGUUGUAGCAGCGGACGUUAGUAGCAGCUAUUUAUGACUCCGGCAGCGGGCAGUGAUAACUGUCAACUAAUAAAUAAAUACAUUUUAAAGAGCGUAUUUGAAGUACCGAUAUAAGUAUAAUGUUGUGAAUAUGUAUGUAAAUAAAGUUAACAGUGAUGA